AUGUUACUGCAGCUGCUGGCUGCUGGAUUCUUCACAGCCCAGUUUGCCUACGUCGAAAUGGCGAAAGCGCUCCGUGGUGCUUUCAUGAUGAAAGGUGCCUCAGAAAGCUAUGCAUUGUCGGACGGUGAUUUGGUUGAUGAGAUGGAGUUGGAAGAAAAUGAGCUCGAGAAGCAAUUUGGAUUACUGCCAGAAUUUGGAAGAUUAUCGAAAGAGAGCAUCUUUGAGCAAGGGGAAACUAGAGAUUUCCUACAAUUUUUGCGCAACAUUCAGUACGAUCACCGGCAACUACCGGAAAACGAUAACGGAGAAGCCGUUGAUAUCCAUAUUUCGAUCGUCAUCAGCAACAUCCGUGCUGUCUCUGAAGUGAACAUGGUAUGUCAAAAUCAAUUACCACCUAGAAAUAGUACUUUUAAAUCAUGCAGUCUGAAGGCUUAG